UUAAUAUUAUUACAAUUUAGGCGUGCACUAUGGUUCCAAAAAUAAUUUUUAUAGACAUAUAAAAACAGGGCCUUCACAGGACCUUUAUAUAUCAGAGAUUACUACUUCGCUGAUGCCGUAUUGCACUGCGCGUGCCCGAAAAGGGGGCAGAUCUAACAACACUCGACUUCACCUUUGACUCGUGACGAGCUUCACCGCUGUUUGUCAAUUGGCGAGUGUUGGUUAACACCUUUUUUGUUUUUUUUUUCUCCAAAGACUGGCGUCUCGCAAACAAUGCCUCUGAUCACGAAUGCCGCGACUGCAACGCAAUUCUCCGCGGAACUCGGCCGCGAUGAGGAAAUUCAUGGCUCCGUAAUUUUGUCUAGCUUUAAAUGAACGCUCGAGAGUUGCCGUUGAGGUUAAGUCGUGACUCUUUAAUUCAUGCAAAAAGAAAAACAUGUCGCUGAAGCACAAAAACGAAUAUCGCAGGUCCAUCGACGACUACCAAACUGCGGCACCUGUGCGGCGCAGGAUCGGUCUCUAUUGGAUCCUGGCAGCGUUGAGAAUAGCCCUCACUUUUGCCUCGCAGACAGGCUACAUUCAUCCCGACGAGUUCUUUCAGUCAAUCGAAGUUAUCUCCGGAGACCACUUUGACAUUGAUGUCUACAAGCCCUGGGAGUUCAACGCCACGUUUCCCAUACGUUCUAUAUUCAUCCCCCAAGUCGUCGUUGGCUUUCCUUACGCGAUUCUCAACAGGCUAUCCCCGUACACGUUUCACUUCCUCGAUUUGUCACUGAAGAGACCGUAUUUCUUCGUGCUCUUCCCCCGGCUUUUCAUGUGCGCGCUCUCCUUCCUGUCGGAUUACUUUCUGUACAAGAUCUGUUGUAUAUACGGCCAAAACUACAGAGUCAGGCUCGUCACGUACGCUAGCUCCUACGUUAUGCUCACCUAUGCCACCCGUACGCUGUCCAACUCUAUUGAAUUGGUGCUGACCGCCGCGCUGUUGUACUUCGUUUCCCGGUGUAUGGCGUAUUCGGAGAAGGUGGUGUGGCAGAGCGAUUAUCUCUCCGAGAAGUAUAGCGAAGCGACGACCACCGUAGAUCGAGUCAAGUACUACAAGCUGAGAGCAUUGCUGCCCUCGCAUUCUCUGAACGACUGCUUCGUGCUGGCUACGAUAACGGUAAUAGGGAUAUUCAACAGGCCGACUUUCAUCGCGUUCGCCUUCGUUCCCAUCUUCUUCUGGCUACAGAGGGGAUUGAACUCGAAAAGCGUCGGCUUCAGAGACUUCCACAUCAGGAUGUUCGUCUUUAUUCUCUGCGGACUACCAGCCGCGAUGUUUUUCAUUCUCGUCGACAGUUUCUACUUCGGGUAUCUGACGAUGGGGGAGAUAGGCCAAUUGGAGAUUGGAAUUAACAAUUUUGUGGUGACGCCGGUUAAUUUCCUCAAGUACAAUGCAAACGUGAAGAAUUUGGAAACGCAUGGACUGCAUCCCCGCUUCCUGCACUUCCUAGUCAACAUUCCGCUGCUGUUUAACGUUUUGGGGAUUAUUGGAUUACUGACGCUCGUGAAAAUGAUACGCAGCGGACUGAAGGCACAAUGGCUGCAUUUACCGCGCCUGCAGAGCAUCGUAGGCCUGAUGACAUUUACGUUCGUCGUUCCAGUCGCCUUGUUGUCUCUCUUUCCUCAUCAGGAGCCUCGCUUUAUAAUCCCGGUACUCUUUCCGCUGGUAUUUCUUUAUGCACCCGAGCUAAAUCAAGUCCCCAGUCUGGAUAUCGUCCGCAGAUAUGUCAACGACGACGUAAAUAGCGAGACUUGCAGUCCCGUCAAAUCCACGGAAUACAAGUCCAGAAAAUUGAUCCUCUGGUACGUCAGCAAUCUGCUGCUGGCUCUCUUCUACGCUUUCGCGCAUCAGGGCGGAGUUUUGCCGCUCACGUCCUACAUCACAACAGAGCUGAAGGCCAAACCUCAUCUCACUCAUGUGCAUCUGUAUACCUCGUACAGUUAUUCGCUACCCACAGCGUUGCUGCAGCUCCGCAAUACCCGCAGGACCUAUCGUAGCAGCAGCAAUCACAAGUACAAACUGACGCAGGAUUUUCACUUGUACGAGCAAGGCUCUAAGCCCUUGCCGUGGGUGUUCAAUAUUAUCGCCAGGAGGAUCAGGGAUUGCGAGGAGAAAUUCGUUGUCAACAAGCUCCCGUACAGACUGUAUUACGCAUUACCGGCCUCUGCGAUAAACGAAUUCGCGGAGUUGUCGAGCAAUAAUUCGCACUUGUUCAGGUUUCAUGUAGUCAAGACUUUCUAUCCUCACAUCUCUGUGGAAAAAUUGCCGUCGUUGCAUUCACUUGGUGUACUGGGACAUUCGUUGAGUUCGUGGAGCGAUGGCGUUUUUAGCAGUAUCGUCGCGACUGCAAAGAACGUUUAUGAAUAUGUUGAACAAUUUAGAUUAGUAUUGUUAAAAAUCGAAUACUUAGUGCCUGAAUCAAAGCAAAAUAUACGCAACUAAUAAAUUUCAAAAGUGGCUAAUAUAACAACUGAAGAAACUUACGAAAUUGCAUUCCAAGAUGCCAUAUUUCUAAAUGUAUAUGUUAGUAAUAAUUAUUUAUAAUAUAUAUUUCUAUUAAACGUAAGACAGCUAGUCAAAGAAAUUAUCAACGCAAAGAAAGAAGAGUAAAAUGAACUUGUACAGAUAAAAAAAUGGCACAUUUAGCUUAACCGCUAUGCAGUAAAGAUAAAAAUAUAUUUAAUAUUCAAAGAAAUGUUAAUUAGUAAUCAAUAUUUAUAACUUU